CUGCUGCGUGCCCCCAACUUAAAUAUAGGUGAACAUCGCUAGGACACAGGUGAGAACAGGAGAGUCAAAACAACUGACGUUUGAACCUCAUGUUCAUACCACCGCCAAGCCGGAGCAGAACCCCGGUCUAGUCGACACUGAGAGCCCGCUGCCGGUGGCGCCGGCGGAGUCUGAGCGGUGCCAGGAUGCGGUGCCACAAGUUUUGGGGACCAUGUUCGUUUGGAUUUUACAUGUGGACAGCCAUCCUUUUCAGAGGGUCCCUGCAGGGUGAACACCAGAGGAGGCUGUACAAAGAGCUUCUGGCUAAUUACAACCGGCUGGAGAGACCUGUCGUCAAUGACUCAGCCGCCAUCCUGGUGGAGCUAGGCCUCACACUGCUGCAGAUCAUAGAUGUGGAUGAGAAGAACCAAGUGCUCAUGACCAACGCCUGGCUGCAGCUGUAUUGGACAGACAUCUACCUGAGCUGGAAUCCAGAAAAAUACCCCGGCGUCCAGAACCUCCGAUUCCCUUCAGACCAGAUCUGGACCCCUGACAUCCUCCUUUACAACAGUGCGGACGAGCGCUUCGACGCCACCUUCCACACCAAUGUACUGGUGAAUGCGUCAGGUUACUGCCAGUACAUCCCCCCCGGCAUCUUGAAGAGCACCUGCUACAUCGAUGUGCGCUGGUUCCCCUUUGACGUACAGAAGUGCGACUUGAAGUUUGGCUCCUGGACACACAACGGCUGGCUGCUGGACCUCCAGAUGCUGGAUGUGGACACAUCCACUUACAUAUCCAACGGCGAGUGGGAUCUUGUCGGUGUUCCAGCCAAGCGUAAUGAGCUGUACUAUGAGUGCUGCAAGGAGCCCUACCCUGAUGUGACGUUCACGGUCACUAUGCGACGCAGAACCCUGUAUUAUGGACUCAACCUGCUUAUCCCCUGUGUUCUGAUCUCUGGCUUGGCCCUGCUGGUCUUCCUGCUCCCUGCUGACUCUGGGGAAAAGAUCUCUCUGGGUAUCACUGUGCUGCUUUCACUGACUGUCUUCAUGCUUCUGGUAGCAGAGAUCAUGCCGGCCACGUCCGACUCUGUUCCUCUCAUCGCUCAGUACUUUGCCAGCACCAUGAUGAUUGUGGGAAUGUCUGUGGUGGUGACUGUUAUAGUCCUACAGUUUCACCAUCAUGACCCUCAGGGAGGCAAGAUGCCCAAGUGGGUUCGAGUGGUUCUGUUGAACUGGUGUGCCUGGUUUCUGCGUAUGAAACAACCUGGUGAUGAGCGCAAGCGCCCCGGUUACAAGUACCGUCACGCCUCCCAGCAUCACUCCAGCACCAGCUCCAUUGAGAUGGGUGCUCUUCCAAGCCUUACCGCGCCGCUCUCCCAGACUUCCUGCCCACCUUGCCCCACAGGCACCUCCAAUGGUUCCAUGAGCCUCUACUUCGGCAGCUACCACCCCAUAGAUAGUCCACACUGCCCACCUUCUAGCGACUCAGGAGUAGCGCUAGGGGGACGUGCCCAUGGCUCCAUCAGUGAGGAGGCUGGGCCACCUGGAGGAGUUGGCAGUGGUAUUGGAAGCCUGGGAAUGGGUGUUGGAGGUGGGAUGGGAGUUGGUAUCCCCCCACCAGAGAUCCAGCGCAUCUUGGAGGAGGUGACCUACAUAGCCCAGCGGUUCCGGGACCAGGAUGAGGCUGAGGCCAUCUGCAGCGAGUGGAAGUUUGCAGCAGCGGUGGUAGACCGGCUGUGCCUGGUGGCCUUCUCUCUCUUCUCCAUAAUUUGCACCUUCACCAUCCUCAUGUCAGCACCCAACUUCAUAGAGGCUGUUUCCAAGGACUUCACAUAGCUGGAUGCAGCAGCAGGAGAGAAGUAAAGAAGAAGGGGCAAAACGAUAAGAGAUAAAGAAGUGAGAAAGUGGAAAGGGGAAGGAAAAAAUGUAAAGAGCAGUAGGAAAGUGGUUCCCAACCUACAGCCUAUAUGAAAGGAAGUGGUGGGUUACACAGAUUUUUAUGAAAAGAAGAAAACUAGGUUCAAAAAAAGUAAAGCCUUGGGGUUCUGCCAAACUGCUGAAUCAUGUAGUAAAUUACACCAGUCAGGAGACAAAAUCACAACAAUUGAUGAACAAGUAAUUACAAAGACACAUCAUUAUUUUACAUGAUCACAUUCUAAAUUAAUUGAAAACACACUGAUUCAUAGUCCCACUUAUUCUUAAUGUCAGUGACAAAUUGUUCAUAUCUAGAAGAGGAGAAGAAGGCAGAAGGCUGGGAAUCACUGGAGCAGUCGAGGAGGGCACAGUUUGAAUUUUCUUUUUCACAUUUGGUAAGAUAUCAAUAAGGCGAUGAUAAUGAUGCUUAUUGCCUUAUUGAAAACUGUGUAUAAUAUUGUAAAAAUAUUGUAUUAUCUGCACUAUUCAUUUAAAAACUAUGUUCAUACAUUACACAUUACAAUGACACAAAGGCCCACUUCACUGCAUCUUCUCUGGUUGAUUUCAGUCAUCUUAAUUAUUGUUGACCUGUAUGUGCAAAUCCACACACAUAUGUACAAAUACUGCCUCUGUCACACACACUCCAAACGUUCACUCUCUGAACUCUCAUAAAGAAGCUUUUUCUGAUGAUGUACCAUCUCUGUAAUAAUGUUAGGUUAGUUACUAAAAUGAGAUGUUUCACUGUGAACUUUGUUGUUUUUUUGCUUUCACUUUGACCACUAGACACAACUGUAUUGCUUUUACACAAAUGUGGAGCCCUUUUCAUUAUUUUUCAGGUAUAUCAGAGUAGGAAUGCUUAUUUGGGAUCACUUUUCACUUCAUCUCGCCUGUUUUAUUUUAAACUAUCAAAUCUGUAAUGUAAUAAGAGUAGUUUGGAAAAGAGUAAUAUUGAGAACAAUUAGUAUAUUGUAUCAAAAUGCAGUGCUGACUGGAAGGAAGCGGUGUUGACCAGUUAAACAAGAUGCACAGCUGUCAAAUACAGCAUGUUGAAUAUUGUAUUGUACAUCUCUUAACCAUCUGGUCUGACACUAUACAUGCUAAAUAAUUUUAAUAAUUUUCUGCAGAAACAUUGUCAAGUAUUGCUGUAAAAAUACCCAUAUUGACGUACCUUAAAAAGAUGAGCAGGAACAUUGAACUUCUUGGAAUUCACUGUACAUAAAUGAUCACUGAAGAUGAAGAGCAAUGUGACUUUUGAACCUCUGACAACACAGACAACAGUUAAAGGCUUGACAGGAAGAGGAAUACUCCACAGCUCAAACUUCCAAACUUUCAUGAACUUCCAUCACUGGAGAAUAUACUGUAGAUUUAUAAAAGGCCCCCGUGUCAGUGUGUUUUGUAGAGGGAGCCGAGUGACUGAUGUACACAACAAAGUUGUUAAUGUAUUUAGUUUUCACUUCCACUUCCCAACCAUCUCUUUGUUGUAGGUACAGUCAUUGGUCUCUUUUUCUCUUUCUCUGUCUUUCCAAGUGUGAG